UUUUUAUCAAUUCGUUUGUUUGCCCAGUGUUUGUGUGUUCACUUUGCAAAACUUUUGCAAAAUUUGUUAAUUAAAAAAAAUAGCUGUGCUAUUAAAUUAAAUCUAAAAGAAUCUGGUAUUUAAAGUGUAAUUGUCAAGAUCAACUAUUGAAGUUGCUAAAAUAUUGCAAAUAUUAUUAAAGAAUAAACAAUUGCUUAUAACGGGAAACGUGUUUUGUCACUGCAGCAACAACAAAAGACAGCCUCAGCGCAGACAAACAAUUUACCCAGUCAGCCAACCAGCAGCCAGUAACACAACCCCGCACAACACACUAAAUUUAACAAGCAAAAAAAUACAAUUAAACACAAAAGUAAAUUGUUGAACAGAAGAAAGAAAAAAAGCAAGCGCAUUGUCUUGGGCAACGAUAAAUUAUUGGAAAAUAACAAAAACAAUUUGAUUGUCAUAGAACAAAAAGGGAACAAUCAAUAAUUCAUUAUUUAUUUAUAUUAAGGCUGAAAGUAAAAGCUGCAAAAAAAAAAACAGCAAGAACAUAACCCCUAAAAAUUUGAUUAGGUCUAAAAAACAUAGAACGAGUUUUUACUACCAACAAACCACCAGCUAAAACUAACAAGAUUGAAACCAAACAAAAUUGGCAAGAAAAUUCUAUUUCAUUUUAAAGCAACAAAGUCAAUUAUUAAAUUUAAGUGUAAAUUUUAAAGAAAACCCCUUUUAAGUUCUAAGAAAAAAUUUAAGUAAAACAAAAGAAAUGUCUGCUAUUUCCUCGAAUACUAGUAUAGCGAACAAUACAGCUAACAAUGCCGUCGCUGUCGCCUCCUCUUCUUCAUCUACACCGUCUGCACUAAUACUAAAUAGCAGUUCAGCAGCAGCAGCUGCAGCUGUAGUGGGAAAUAAUGCCAUUGUGCCUGUUGUUACAACUUCAAGCACAACAACAACAACUUUAAUUGGUUCACCGUCCGUCAAUAAUUCAUCGGGCUUGAGUUCUAGUGGUACUUGCACAUUUAGUAGUGUUUUAAUUAGUGAAAUUUCUGAUGAAUCUAAAUUAGAAUUUAGUCCUAAAUACAAGGGCAUCUCAACAUUAUUGUGCAGUUAUGAUUCACAAGGUGUACUUGUUAAAAUUGCAUUGGAAUCCUCACCUACAACUGUUUUAAAAGAUUAUUUGGUAACGUCAGAUACAGAUGCCGCUCAAUUGGGACGUCAAACAUUUGCUAUAUCUUUUGGCAAUGAUAAUUUCUUACUACGUUUUCCAACUGAACAAGAACAACAAAGAUUUCGCAAAUUGAUUGAUCAUGUUAAACGUUUACGGCCCAAAUCGGUUUUCUCACAAAGAACUGAAGAAUCCUCGGCCUCACAAUAUUUUCAAUUUUAUGGCUAUUUAUCACAACAACAGAAUAUGAUGCAAGAUUAUGUACGCACCAGUACCUAUCAACGAGCCAUUUUAGGCAAUUCCAUAGAUUUUCAAAACAAAGUAGUUUUGGAUGUGGGUGCUGGUUCAGGUAUACUUUCCUUCUUUGCCGUACAGGCCGGCGCCGCUAAGGUUUAUGCUAUUGAAGCCUCUAAUAUGGCUCAAUAUGCUCAACAAUUGGUAGAAUCAAAUCAUGUUCAAGAUAAAAUCUUUGUUAUGCCAGGAAAAAUUGAAGAAAUUGAUUUACCCGAACAUGUUGAUGUUAUUAUCUCAGAACCCAUGGGUUAUAUGCUGUACAAUGAACGUAUGUUGGAAACUUAUUUACAUGCACGUAAAUGGCUAAAACCAAAUGGUAAAAUGUUUCCCACUCAUGGUGAUUUACAUGUGGCACCAUUUUCCGAUGAGUUACUCUAUUCGGAACAAUAUAAUAAAGCCAAUUUUUGGUAUCAAUCAGCAUUUCAUGGUGUCGAUUUGACAACUUUACACAAAGAAGGUAUGAAGGAGUAUUUCCGUCAGCCUAUAGUUGAUACAUUCGAUAUUAGAAUCUGCAUGGCUAAGUCAGUGAGACAUGUUUGUGAUUUUCUGCGGGAUAAUGAAAAUGAUUUACAUAAUAUAGAUAUUCCAUUGGAAUUUCAAAUUUUACAAACUGGCAUUUGUCAUGGCUUAGCUUUUUGGUUUGAUGUGGAAUUUUGUGGUUCCAUACAACAUGUUUGGCUGUCUACUUCACCUACAGCACCUCUGACACAUUGGUAUCAGGUACGCUGUCUCUUACCCAUGCCCAUCUUUAUCAAACAAGGACAAACUUUAACGGGACGCGUAGUACUUGAAGCCAAUAGACGUCAAUCGUAUGAUGUUACUAUUGAUUUACAUAUUGAAGGCACUUUGAUUUCUUCCAGUAAUACAUUAGAUUUGAAAAAUCCAUAUUUCCGUUACACCGGUGCACCCGUACAGGCUCCACCCGGCACUUGUACCCAAAGUCCCUCCGAACAGUACUGGUCCCAAUUAGAUACCCAAGGCCAGCGUACAACUGGUAAUAUGGUUAAUGGCAUGGCUGUUAAUGGCCUGACUGAUGUUACUAUGGAUAUUUCACAUACGCUUAUGCAUCCUCAGUCGUAAAUUAUACUAGUAAUUAGAAAUUUAAAUAGAGAAACAAACAAAAAGAAAAACGUACACACAUAUACACUCAACCUUUUCCUUGAAAUCUUUUCAUAAUCCAGCAUUUUAAAAUACCAA